GCUUUACCACUCCUAAAAAGUGUGUUGAGUAAAGCUUGGCCGCCGCUCCUCCGUUUCGCGAGAGUGGCGGAGCUCACAGAUAUAUACCCGUAACCGUAUCCCUCUCACCUUUCUAUCCUUUCAUCAAUCUCUCAGAUACAUAUCACAAUCACUCUGCUACUCAAAACCCUACGCCUUGAUAUUCGCCGGUCGUUUCCGAGUCUCCUCAUUUCACAAGCCGCCGCCUCGUCGGCUUUUGCCUCUCUCUGCUCUCGCUCUACUGCUCUACAAUGGAUUCCGUUGACUCAACGCGAGCAUUCGUCAGAGAUGUUAAACGUAUCGUCGUUAAGGUUGGGACUGCAGUUGUCACUAGAUCGGAUGGGAGACUGGCACUCGGAAGGUUGGGAGCACUCUGCGAGCAGAUCCAGGAGCUCAAUUCGCAGGGCUAUGAGGUUAUUUUAGUUACCUCAGGUGCUGUAGGUGCUGGCCGACAACGGCUUAGAUAUAGGAGAUUGAUUCACAGCAGUUUUGCGGAUCUGCAAAAGCCACAACGUGAGCUUGAUGGCAAGGCAUGUGCAGCUGUUGGGCAAAACGGCCUAAUGGCUUUGUAUGAUUCCUUGUUCAGUCAGCUGGAUGUUACAUCAGCUCAACUUCUUGUGACGGAUAAUGACUUCAGAGACCCAGACUUUAGGAAUCAACUUAAUGAAACAGUUAAUCAAUUGCUGUCUCUGAAAGUUAUACCUAUAUUUAAUGAAAAUGAUGCUAUUAGUACACGGAGAGCUCCAUAUGAGGACUCUUCUGGUAUAUUUUGGGAUAAUGACAGUCUAGCAGCUCUACUAGCUUUGGAGCUAAAAGCUGAUCUUCUUGUUCUUUUAAGUGAUGUAGAGGGUCUCUACAGUGGCCCUCCCAGUGAUCCUCACUCAAAGUUAAUUCACACAUACAUCAAGGAGAGGCAUGAAAAAGAGAUUACUUUCGGUGACAAGUCUAGAGUGGGAAGGGGGGGUAUGACUGCCAAAGUAAAAGCUGCAGUUUACGCAGCUUAUGCCGGAAUCCCUGUUGUCAUCACAAGUGGCUUUGCUGUUGACAAUAUUAUUAAAGUACUACAUGGGAAGCGUAUUGGUACUCUCUUUCAUCGGGAUGCUAACGAGUUGGAUCCAGCUAUAGAUGCUAGUGCGUGUGAGAUGGCAGUUGCAGCAAGGGAAUGUUCCAGACGGCUUCAGGCUCUUGCUCCACAAGAAAGGAGAAACAUUUUGCUGGAUAUAGCUGAUGCACUGGAAGCAAAUGAACAAAAAAUACUUACCGAGAAUGAAGCUGAUGUAGAUGCUGCCCAGCAGGCUGGUUAUGAUCCAUCUCUGGUAGCUCGGCUGGCCCUAAAGCCAGGAAAAAUCUCAAGUCUUGCAAAAUCAGUUCGUGUGCUGGCAGAGAUGGAUGAGCCAAUUGGUCGUAUUUUAAAGAGAACAGAGAUUUUAGAUGGCUUCAUCUUGGAGAAGACAUCAUCUCCAUUGGGCGUUCUGUUGAUUAUUUUUGAGUCACGGCCUGAUGCACUUGUUCAGAUUGCUUCACUGGCAAUCCGAAGUGGGAAUGGACUCUUACUGAAAGGUGGAAAAGAGGCCAAAAGAUCAAAUGCAAUCUUGCACAAGGUUAUUACCUCAGUCAUCCCAGAAAAUGUUGGUGAACGGCUUAUUGGACUUAUUACUUCUAGAGAGGAGGUCCCUGAAUUGCUCAAGCUUGAUCAUGUAAUUGAUCUUGUUAUCCCAAGAGGCAGCAAUAAACUUGUCUCCCAAAUCAAGGCUUCAACAAAAAUCCCAGUUCUUGGUCAUGCUGAUGGAAUUUGCCAUGUUUAUGUUGAUAAGUCUGCUAACUUAGAUGUAGCAAAGCACAUUGUGUUGGAUGCAAAAACAGAUUAUCCCGCAGCAUGUAAUGCAAUGGAAACACUUCUUGUGCAUGAUGACUUGGUGAAGAAAGGUGGUCUAAAUGACCUAAUCAUGGAACUUCAGAUAAAAGGUGUUACUAUAUUUGGUGGACCCAAGGCAAGCUCCCUGCUCAAUAUUCCCGAAGCUAAUUCAUUGCAUCAUGAAUAUAGUUCUCUGGCUUGCACUGUGGAAAUUGUUGAUGAUGUAUAUGCUGCAAUUGAUCAUAUACAUCAACAUGGAAGUUCUCAUACUGACUGCAUUAUCACUGAAGACAAGGAAGUUGCAGAUAUAUUUUUACGCCAAGUUGACAGUGCUGCCGUAUUUCACAAUGCUAGCACACGAUUUUGUGAUGGCUUCCGCUUUGGACUUGGUGCAGAGGUGGGGAUCAGUACAAGUAGGAUCCAUGCCCGUGGUCCUGUAGGAGUUGAAGGAUUGCUAACAACUCGAUGGGUUGGAAGGGGAAAUGGGCAUGUGGUGAAUGGUGAUAAAGGAAUCAACUACACUCACAAGGAGCUUAGUUAAGUUUGGAGGGUGAGAGGUUGUAAACCAACGCAUGGAAUGGCUCGUCUUCUGGAAAUUAUUAUUUGCCCGGAAGUCGAUAGUGCAUAUCCAUGACAGAAGAAGAGUUGCGAGGAGAAGCCAUGCAGCAGCCAGCCAAUGGGAUGUGUAUGUUUUUUUAGGGUUUAGGUUCGCAUGACGAUGGUAAGCAAAACACUAUUUAGUAGGAGUAAGGUUUUACAGUAUGUAAUGUUAGUAUGUCAAUAAACAUUGGCGUUAGUUUUCUUCCUCCCAUACAUACAGAUAUUAUUGCAGGCAGGCAGUUAACUAGUUUUAGUAAGGCAAUAAAUCUUUUGGUUUCAUCCAACUA